AUGGCUGAGAGAGACGUCGAACAGGCUACAUUUAAAAGAUAUCCACGACCGGAGAAAGAGUAUCAAUCCUUUUCACUCAUAUGUCCUGACAGGUCCUUGGAUUUGAUAUGUAAAGACAAGGACGAAGCAGAAGUGUGGGUUGUUGGUCUGAAGGCACUGAUCACUCGUGUAAAAAUCUCCAAAUGGAAAAACAAUAUCAAACCUGAGAUCACUUCACCUGAAUGUCCAACACCUCAUGCACGAAGAGUGUCUCCAUUCGUAUCAAUCCUUGUGAGUUACACAACAUUUCAUGAUCAAGUUAUUCAGCCCUCUACCGAGACUUCUACACCAAACCGGUUAGGAAAAGUCUUUGCCGACGUUGUCUCAAUAACUGCACCACCCAAUAACAACCAGACAGAAGCCAAUUACUGUCCUAUCUCUCCCGGAAAUGUCGAAAACUCACGCUUCUCCACCGGUGGUGACCUGGCUAGAAUCAGUAUGUCUAGCGCUGUGAGCACAUCUAGCCACGGUUCGUUUCACGAAGAGUUUGAUGCUUUAGGUGAUGUUUUCCUCUGGGGUGAAACUAUAAGUGAUGGUGUACUAGAAGAUGCACUUUUACCAAAAGCAUUAGAGUCAACAAUAGUUCUCGAUGCUCAAACCAUAGCAUGUGGUAGGUGUCAUGCUGUUUUAGUUACAAAGCAAGGAGAGAUCUUCAGCUGGGGAGAAGGCAAAGGUGGGAAGCUAGGACAUGGAUUAGAAAAAGAUACUCACCAACCAAAGUUCAUUAGUAGUGUCAGAGGAAUGAGUUUCAAAUCUUUAGCAUGUGGUGAGUUUCAUACAUGUGCUGUUACUCAAUCUGGUGAUCUUUACAGUUGGGGUGAAGGCAAUUUACUUGGGCAUGGGAGUGAAUCUAGCUCCUGGCUUCCUAAGAGAGUCACUGGUGUGUUACAAGGGAUUCAUGUGACGUAUGUGGCUUGUGGUCCGUGGCAUACAGCAGUGGUUGCAUCGUCAGGACAGUUGUUUACAUUUGGAGAUGGAUGUUUUGGUGCUCUAGGUCAUGGAGACAGAGGAAGCUCUAGUGUUCCACGUGUAGUGGAAAGCUUAAGUGAGCUAAGAGUAGUGAGAGUUUCUUGUGGAGUUUGGCAUACAGCUGCAGUGGUGGAGGUUACAAAUGAAGCAUCUGAUGAUGCUGAGCUAUACUCUUCGUGUGGACAACUGUACACAUGGGGAGAUGGUGAGAAAGGACAGCUUGGUCAUGGUGACAAUGUGGCAAAGCUACUCCCUGAGUGUGUAACCUCAUUGACAGAUGAACACAUCUGCCAAGUUGCUUGUGGACAUAGUCUCACUGUCUCUCUUACAAUCAAAGGACAUGUGUAUACAAUGGGUAGCCCGGCUUACGGCCAGCUGGGUAACCCUACGGCUAAGGAGAAGCUCCCUUCACGCGUGGAAGGAGACAUAGCAGAGGCUUGUGUAGAGGAGAUUGCGUGUGGUUAUCAUCAUGUGGCUGUGUUGACAUCUAAAUCAGAGGUUUACACUUGGGGGAAAGGAUUAAAUGGGCAGUUAGGACAUGGAACCGUUGAGAACAAAAGAGAACCUGCUGUUGUUGGGUUCUUGAAAGAAAAACAAGUCAAGACUAUAACAUGUGGUUCCAACUUCACUGCUGUGAUUUGUCUUAACAAAUGGGUACCUGGCUCUGAACAUUCACUAUGUGCUGGUUGUCGUAACCCUUUCAACUUUAGAAGAAAACGUCACAACUGUUACAACUGUGGUCUCAUCUUUUGUAAAGUAUGCAGCAGUAGAAAGUCUUUGAGAGCUGCUCUUGCGCCUGAUAUGAACAAACCAUAUAGAGUGUGUUAUGGAUGUUUCACCAAACUGAAAAGGUCUAGAGAACGGUCUCCUCCACCUCCUCCAACUCCACGCACCAAAAACCUUCUUAAUAUGCUAAAAUCGACAGAUGUUUCAGAAAAAACUCCAAAACUCCUCUCACCACAUUCAAGAAUAGCCUCAGCUGACUCUUUAGUGCAUUAUGGUGAAGGAAAACACAACAGAAGAGAGAUGAAACCUGAAGUAAGUAACAGUAAUGUCUUCUCCUUUGCCAGUUCACAGCCAGCUUUGUCGCCAUUAUCAAGAGGAUCAAUAGCUUGGCCUAGAAUCUCCAAAAAUAUGAUAGUUAAAGUUCCUGGUUCAAAAGUGAGUUCUAGGACAGCAUCUCCAGUUUCAGUGAAGUCAACUAGUCCACGCCCAUCUUAUGAAGUAGCAUCUGAUGAAACUAAACAAACAAAAGACAGUUUUGGUCAAGAAAUGGUGGGUCUAAAGGAACAGGUAGAACAACUUACUUCCAAAACACAACAACUUGAAGAGGAACUAGAAAAAACUAAAAGGCAGUUGAAAGUGGUCACUGCAAUGGCAGCAGAUGAAGCAGAGGAAAACAGAUCUGCAAAGGAAGUUAUUAGAUCUCUAACCACUCAGUUGAAGGAAAUGUCUGGAAGAGGAUCUCAAAAGGAUGAUACUAGCACUAACUUAAGACACACAGAAAAAGAGACAAUAUCAGAGAGUCAAACUCAGACUAGUUCCCAGACACAUAUAAGAAGUAUGGUCCCUCAUGAUAGUCAACCAGAUAACAACUUAACAAGUAAGAGUUUUGUUAAUGGACAUAGAAGACAUAAUGAGAAGGGAGAGAGAGUUGUGCAAGAUGAACCUGGAGUGUAUUUGACAUUGUUGUCUUUACCUGGUGGUGGUAAUGAACUCAAGCGUGUCCGGUUCAGUCGGAAACAGUUUACUGAAGAACAAGCAGAGAAGUGGUGGGGUGAAAAUGGAGCUAAAGCUUGCGAGCGACACAACAUUCUAGUUUCCUAGGAUCUCAUAUGUCUUCAAUAGAGGAAGAAGGGAGAGAGACAAAGAAAAGAUAGCCACAUAUAGAAUAAAUAGAGAAACAUGUGUUCUGAGAGUUAA